CGGUGGUGCCGGUGCUGAUUGAAGCGAGCGACUGUUCCUAGUUUCACUCUCUCUGUGUGCGGUGCGGGAGAACAUGAACAUCGCGCUUCCUCGCCUCGCCUCGUCGAGAUCUGAUUGAAGAAGAUUAGCUUCCCUCCUCCGGCCAUGGCGGGCAAACAUCUUCCGCCGCCGUUCCUUCGCCGCCGAUUCCGGUCCGCCGUGGUCCUCUUCCCCCUCCUCCUCCUCCUCCUCCUCUUCGCCUAUCUCUUCUUCUCCUCUCUCUCCGCUUCUUCCCGCGGUCCGGCGCCCCCCGCUUCUCACUCCGCGAAGCCCGAGACCUCGUUCCUGAUCUCUCUGGAGCGCUUCCUCGCUCACCGCUCACCCUCCGCGCUCUCUCGCCAUCCCGACGAUACGGCCACCCCGGCCGCGGACGACGACGGCGGCGUCGGGAAGUUCGACGGCUCGGUUUUCGCGUCGGAGAGCGAGAGGUUGCGGGGAGAUCCGCUUUACCCGCUCGAUUUGCCGCUGCGGGUGUACGUCUACGAGAUGCCCCGCAAAUUCACCGACGAUUUGCUCUUGCUGUUUUGGAACACUUACAGGGAGACCUUCAAUCUCACCUCCAAUGGAAGCCCCGUGCAUCGCCUCAUCGAGCAGCAUUCUAUAGAUUACUGGCUUUGGGCAGAUCUCAUUGCUCCCCAGUCGGACAGGCUCUUGAAGAAUGUAGUCAGAGUCCACAGGCAAGCGGAGGCCGACCUAUUCUACAUUCCUUUCUUCACCACAAUUAGCUUCUUCUUGCUGGAGAAACAACAAUGCAAGGCCCUUUAUAGGGAAGCCCUCAAGUGGGUAACUGAUCAGCCUGCUUGGAAGCGAUCCGAGGGCAGGGAUCACAUACUUCCGGUUCAUCAUCCAUGGUCCUUUAAGUCUGUGCGGAGAAAUAUGAAGAAUGCUAUUUGGCUCUUACCCGACAUGGAUUCAACUGGGAACUGGUACAAGCCAGGACAAGUUUCACUGGAAAAGGAUCUAAUACUUCCUUAUGCACCAAAUGUGGAUCUAUGCGAUGCCAAAUGCUUGUCAGACAGUCAAGCAAAGAGAACCACUCUGCUUUUCUUCCGUGGGCGGUUAAAGAGGAAUGCGGGAGGAAAGAUACGUGCUAAACUUGUAGCUGAACUGAGUAGUGCGGAGGGGGUUGUCAUUGAGGAGGGAACUGCUGGAGAUGCUGGGAAAGCAGCAGCUCAGAGUGGAAUGCGAAGGUCUAUCUUCUGCUUAAGCCCAGCCGGUGACACUCCAUCAUCUGCUCGGCUUUUUGAUGCUAUUGUCAGUGGGUGCAUCCCAGUCAUAGUAAGUGAUGAAUUGGAGCUUCCCUUCGAAGGGAUACUUGACUACAGAAAGAUAGUUCUAUUUGUUUCUUCCAGCGAUGCUGUUCAACCGGGCUGGCUUUUAACAUAUCUCAGAAAUAUCAGCACCGCUCAAGUCAGAAGAUUGCAAAGCAAUCUUGCUAAGUAUUCUCGGCACUUCAUCUAUUCAAAUCCAGCUAAGCCCCUGGGUCCUGAAGACUUGGUCUGGAGAAUGGUUUGUUCACUUGCUCUGUUAUUCCAUAUGCAAUUAUGGCUGGUAAGGUGGUGAACAUUAAGCUACACACGAGGAGAUCACAGCGGGUAGUGAAAGAGUCAAGAAGCAUAUGCGCUUGCGACUGCAGGCGGGCCAAUAUUACGAGCUCAAUGUCCCUGCAGUGAACAGUAGUAUGUGGAUGACCUCCCGCUGCUUUGCUUCAGCUGGGAAUUGGGCUUGACAUUUGGAGUUGCAAUCUGCACAGGGCGGUACAUCAUGUAUUAUGUAAAGACGUAUAGUUCUCUUUAAGAACUUGCUUUGGUGCGCAUAGAUUGGAAUUUCUGUUAUUUAUUUACGGGUUCGGUUCUUAGCAUAGGCUCAAAAAGUACGAUUCUUUUCCCAA